AUGGCGCAGGGCCCGGCGAAGUCCACCCGCGCCGCCAAGAAGGCGAAGAGCGAGCAGAAUGAGCAGGAAGAAGCGUCGGCGCCCGCACCGCCGACGGCUGGCGAGCUACACGCGGCGCUCCUGCAGGUGAAUCAGAUGCUUGCGCUGGUCGACCUGCCCCUGGCGCAAGGGCAGCCGAGCAAGCGCCCUGCGGGCAUGCACGACGGGCUCGUGUACGGCCUGCGCGACCUCCUUAUACCCCUGAACUCGGUAAUGCGUGGCUCGGGCGCUACUGCCCAGAACCUCGCGGCGGCGAUCGGUGCGCCGACCAACAGCACGCCGGCGCACGAGCUGGGCGCAUACGUCUCGAGUGCAACCGGCAUGACGCACAUCCUCGACCAGGUCGUCGAGUCGCUCCAAGCGCCGCUUCCGGGCGUGCCUGACGCGCGUACGGCGCUGCAGGUGGUCGAGCGCCAUCUCGAGAGCCACCCGCUGUCGACCGCCGACGAGCGCGACCUGCUACUGCGUCUGCGCCAAAAGCGGCGGCGCGUCAUGGAAAGAAAAGACGUGCUGUCGGAUGUUGCGGCGGAGCAAAGCGCGGUCCCCGACGAGGUGCGCAGCCCGCUGUACCCCCCACCGAGCACGCUCACGUUCCGUGCACACACCCCCUGGAUCGAGUCGUGUGCGCGCGAGACGGUGCAUGCGACGCUCGCCGCGCUCGUCUCUGUCUUUAACGAUACCUAUGCCGACGUCUGCCGCGCCGAGGCCGCGGCGCUCGCUCCUGCGAACCCCGACAUGGGCCAGACGCUCCCUGCGCACCGUGUGCGCGCGCGCCUGACGCACUGGAGCGGCGCGAGCGGCGACAUCGAGGUCGAGAUCCGCGAUGUGGCACUUGCGACCAUCGGCGUGCAGGUCGCCGGCGACCAGGCGCAUGUCGUGCGCCUUCAUCUCUCUGCGCCGAGCGAGCGCUCGAGUGGCGAGGCGCGUGGCGUCAGUGCGUCGCUCCUCCCCUCGCGCUAUGCGAGCUACAAUGCGCUGGGCGACCAUCUCUUUCUCUAUGCACUCGACCGCCAAAAGAAGGCUGCGUCCUAUGUCGAAGCGCUCGGCGCGACACUGCUGCACCUCGCUGCGCUGCGCACCUAUUUCGAUGUGCUCCCCGUCCCCGAGACGCAAGUCCAGGCGGUCCCCACGCGCGUGGUCGUCGCGACGCUCGACCCCGAAAACACCCUCGACCGGACGAAGAGUGCGGUGUGGAAGUGGUGCCGUGCGUUGAACCCUGCGGGCCUCGCGCCGCAGGGCGAAUGGUGCGCGUAUUCCCCUAGCCUUUUGUAA